AUGCAUCAUCUGUCUUUAGUCGUGGCCAAAUAUGCGUUCUCUGGUAUCACAACCUUUGCGCAGCUCCCUUCUGCCGAUUGCCUCACUACUGAGGGUCCCGUGGGUGACAUUCUACUGGUCGGAUUCCCUUUCGACACGGCUACUUCCUACAGAACCGGCACGAGGUUCGGACCUAAUGCGAUCCGUCAAGGCUCGAGAGCUGUAUCUCUGGCGGGCCACUACAACUUCCGACAGUCCAUCAACCCCUUCACCCAAAACAUCUCCAUCGUCGAUUGUGGGGAUUUCCCCAUCUCCCCAUUUGACAAUGCCUUGGCUUUUGCCCAGAUGGAGGAGUGGUAUACCCGUCUGUUGCACCGUGACGUGAAGAACAACACCAGCGGCAUUACUUCCAAGAUUACUGGCAAGAAACACCCGCAAAUUGUUGCUCUGGGUGGCGACCAUAGCAUCUCCCUUCCAAUCCUGCGAGCCCUGCAUGCCGUGCAUGGCCCAAUGUCGGCUAUCCACAUUGAUGCUCACAUUGACACCUGGUCUCCAAAGGUCUUUGCAGGCUCUCAUGGCUCGCCUAGCCCUCAGGCUGCUGUUGCUGAUGGCACUCCGUACUACUGGGCUGGCAUGGAGGGUCUACUCGCCAAGGACUCAUCGGUACAUGCAGGCAUCCGCAGCACCCUCAACUCCGCUGCCGACAUUGAGCUUGACUCUAAGCUCGGAUUUUCUAUCAUUCCUGCUUCUGCCAUGCUGCGUGAAGGAGGGCUCCGCGCGGUCAUCGAUGGGAUCCGGUCAGUGGUCCCACGCGACAAUCCUGUCUAUGUGUCACUCGAUGUAGACGUUCUAGACCCAGCAUACGCCCCUGGAACUGCGGGCCCGGCAUCCGGGGGCUGGACUCCACGCGAAGUAAUUCAGAUCAUUAUUGAGGCCUUGGCAGGUCUCGAUAUUGUGGGUGUCGAUGUUGUCGAGGUGCUCCCGGGAAUGGACACUUCCGAGAUUACGGGGGUAGCUGCGGCCGAGUUUGCCUUUGAGCUUGUGACUACCUUGGUCAAAAACCGACUUGCCUAA